CUCUCUCUCUCUCUAGAAAUAUCUCUACAUUUACCCAUUUUCAUGCGCGGAGAGAGAUCGCGUCUCGUCGUCACUGCAUAAGGCAAGGCGAUCCAGGAGCCCUGCCGAUUCGACGAAGAGAUGGCACAGAGCAGUACUUCUCACGACUCUGGCCCCCAGGGGCUGAUGAGGCGGCCAUCUCGGGGUGCCGCUACAACAGUGUCAAUUGAAGUUUUCGACCACGAGGUGGUGCCAGCCUCCCUCGGCUCUAUCGCCCCGAUCCUUCGUAUUGCCGCAGAGAUUGAACAUGAGCGUCCUCGUGUUGCCUAUCUCUGUCGGUUUUAUGCAUUUGAGAAAGCGCAUAGGAUGGAUCCAAGUUCUAGCGGCAGGGGUGUGAGACAGUUCAAGACACUUCUCUUCCAAAGGCUAGAAAGGGACAAUGCUUCGAGCCUUGCUUCUAGGAUUAAGAAAACUGAUGGGCGGGAAGUCGAGAGCUACUAUCAACAAUACUAUGAGCAUUAUGUCAGAGCACUUGACCAAGGGGAGCAAGCAGACAGAGCUCAGCUUGGGAAAGCAUAUCAAACGGCUGGAGUGCUGUUUGAAGUGCUCUGUGCGGUUAACAAGAGUGAGAAAGUGGAAGAAGUUGCUCCUGAGAUUAUUGCAGCUGCUAGAGAUGUCCAAGAAAAGAAUGAAAUUUAUGCACCAUACAACAUUCUUCCGCUGGAUUCUGCCGGGGCCUCGCAGUCUGUUAUGCAGCUUGAGGAGGUCAAGGCCGCUGUAGCAGCCCUGUGGAACACUCGUGGAUUGAACUGGCCAGCUGGAUUUGAGCAGCAUAGAAAGAAAUCUGGAAAUCUGGACCUUCUUGACUGGCUAAGAGCCAUGUUUGGGUUCCAGAGAGACAAUGUCAGGAACCAGAGAGAGCAUCUUGUUUGUUUACUCUCUGCUAAUCACAUAAGAUUGACUCCCAAGCCAGAACCUCUCAAUAAGCUUGAUGAUAGAGCUGUUGAUGCCGUCAUGACCAAGCUCUUCAAGAACUACAAGAACUGGUGCAAAUUUUUAGGACGUAAACACAGUCUGAAACUUCCACAAGGUGCCCAAGAUGUGCAACAACGGAAAAUACUCUACAUGGGCUUGUAUCUUCUUAUCUGGGGCGAGGCUGCAAAUGUUCGAUUCAUGCCAGAAUGUUUGUGCUAUAUUUUUCACAAUAUGGCAUAUGAACUCCACGGUCUCCUGGCUGGAAACGUCAGUAUUGUUACUGGAGAAAAUAUUAAGCCUUCUUAUGGUGGAGAUGAUGAGGCGUUUCUGAGAAAGGUCAUUACACCAAUUUAUCGUGUAAUUGAAAAGGAAGCAAACAAGAACACAAAUGGGAAGGCGGCUCACUCAGAUUGGUCCAAUUAUGAUGAUCUGAAUGAAUAUUUCUGGUCUGCAGACUGCUUCUCUCUUGGCUGGCCUAUGCGUGAUGAUGGAGACUUUUUCAAAUCAACACGUGAUACAGUGCAGGGGAAAAAGGUUUUACCAAGAAAAUCUGGAAGAACUGGGAAAUCAAAUUUCACUGAAACCCGGACAUUUUGGCACAUAUAUCACAGUUUUGACCGACUCUGGACAUUUUACCUACUAGCCCUCCAAGCAUUGAUCAUUCUUGCAUUUGAACGGAUAGAUCUGAAAGAUAUCAUACGAAAAGAUGUUCUAUAUGCUCUCUCCAGUGUUUUCAUCACAGCAGCCUUUCUCCGCUUUCUUCAAAGUGUCCUGGACGUUGUUCUGAAUUUCCCAGGAUUCCACAGAUGGAGAUUUACUGAUGUCUUGAGAAAUAUUCUCAAGAUCAUUGUUAGCUUGGCCUGGUGCAUUAUUCUCCCUCUUUGCUAUGCUCAGUCUGUGUCUUUCGCUCCUGGGAAGAUAAAAUCUUGGCUGUCAUUUCUUCCGCAAGUUAAGGGUGUUCCGCCUCUUUAUAUAAUGGCUGUAGCAUUGUACUUGUUCCCAAAUGUGCUGGCGGCUGUCAUGUUCAUUUUCCCAAUGCUUCGGCGUUGGAUCGAGAACUCGGACUGGCAUAUAAUUAGAUUGCUUUUGUGGUGGUCACAGCCAAGAAUCUACAUCGGAAGGGGGAUGCAUGAGAGUCAAAUUGCACUCAUAAAGUAUACACUUUUCUGGCUGUUGCUCUUCGGUUGCAAGUUUGCAGUUAGCUACGUUCUACAGAUACGGCCUUUAGUGAAGCCGACGAAUGCAAUAAUGAGCAUUCGCCAUGUAAAAUACCAGUGGCACGAGUUUUUCCCUAAUGCUGAGCACAACUAUGGAGCAGUUGUGGCCCUUUGGGUACCAGUAAUAAUGGUUUACUUUAUGGAUACUCAAAUUUGGUAUGCUAUUUUCUCGACUAUUUGUGGUGGUGUCAUUGGGGCCUUUGAUCGUUUGGGAGAGAUACGAACACUUGGAAUGCUGAGGUCAAGGUUCCAGUCCUUACCUGGGGCGUUUAAUACGUACUUGGUUCCUUCUGAUAAGACAAGGAGAAGGGGUUUCUCCUUAUCAAAAAGAUUUGCCGAGGUCACAGCAGCUAGAAGAACUGAAGCGGCAAAAUUUUCUCAACUAUGGAAUGAAAUAAUUUGCAGUUUCCGUGAAGAGGAUAUUAUCAGUGAUAGGGAAAUGGAUCUGUUGCUUGUUCCUUAUACUUCAGACCCUAGUCUGAAAUUAAUUCAGUGGCCACCAUUUUUGCUUGCAAGCAAGAUACCAAUUGCCUUGGAUAUGGCAGCACAAUUUCGAACAAGAGACUCUGACCUCUGGAAGCGCAUAUGUGCUGAUGAAUACAUGAAAUGUGCUGUGAUUGAAUGCUACGAAUCUUUCAAGCACGUUCUUCAUAGCCUGGUUAUUGGGGAAAAUGAGAAAAGGAUCAUUGGUAUCAUUAUAAAAGAGGUGGAGAGCAACAUUUCGAAGAACGCGUUUCUUGUGAAUUUCAGAAUGGCUCCUUUACCUGCUCUUUGCAAUAAGUUUGUGGAGCUUGUGGGUAUCUUGAAAGACGCCGAUCCAUCCAAAAGAGAUAGAGUGGUGCUGUUGUUGCAAGAUAUGUUGGAAGUAGUGACUCGUGAUAUGAUGUUGAACGAGAACCGUGAAUUGGUAGAACUUGGUCAUACUAACAAGGAAUCUGGGAGGCAACUUUUUACUGGUACUGAUGCAAAACCUGCUAUACUGUUCCCUCCACCUGCAACAGCUCAAUGGGAUGAGCAGAUAAGACGCCUUCAUCUACUGUUGACUGUCAAAGAAUCUGCCAUGGAUGUGCCAACAAACCUUGAAGCAAGAAGAAGGAUCGCAUUCUUCACAAACUCGCUAUUUAUGGAUAUGCCACGUGCUCCUCGAGUCCGAAAUAUGCUCUCCUUCAGUGUCCUGACUCCCUAUUAUAGCGAGGAGACUGUUUACUCCAAAAAUGACCUCGAAAUGGAGAAUGAAGAUGGUAUAUCAGUUAUAUACUAUCUGCAAAAGAUUUUCCCAGAUGAGUGGACACACUUCUUGGAGCGACUCGGUUGUAAAGACGAAGGCGGUGUGUGGGAGAGUGAAGAAAACAUUUUGCAGCUUCGCCAUUGGGUUUCUUUGAGGGGACAAACUCUUUUAAGAACUGUUAGAGGGAUGAUGUACUACAGACGCGCACUAAAGCUUCAGGCUUUUCUUGACAUGGCUAAUGAAUCAGAAAUAUUGGGAGGUUACAAAGCCAUUUCCGACCCACCUGAAGAGGAUAAGAAAAGUCAGAGAUCCUUAUUUGCUCAGUUAGAAGCGAUAGCAGACCUCAAGUUUACUUAUGUUGCGACCUGUCAGAACUAUGGAAAUCAGAAGCGAAGCGGAGAUCGCCGAGCUACUGAUAUCCUUAACUUGAUGGUUAACAACCCUUCGCUCCGUGUGGCAUACAUUGACGAGGUUGAGGAACGAGAGGUAGGAAAAGUGCAGAGAGUGUACUUCUCUGUUCUUGUCAAGGCUGUUGAUAAUCUUGAUCAGGAAAUCUACCGUAUAAAAUUGCCCGGUCCAGCAAAAAUAGGAGAAGGAAAACCAGAAAACCAAAACCAUGCUAUCAUUUUCACAAGAGGAGAAGCUCUCCAGGCCAUUGAUAUGAAUCAGGACAAUUACUUGGAAGAAGCAUUAAAAAUGAGAAACCUACUUGAAGAAUUCAACGAAGACCAUGGAGUCCGCCCACCCACUAUUCUCGGUUUCAGAGAGCAUAUUUUCACUGGCAGUGUUUCUUCUUUAGCUUGGUUUAUGUCCAAUCAGGAAACGAGCUUUGUGACAAUUGGUCAGAGAGUUCUCGCAAGUCCUUUGAAGGUUCGGUUCCAUUAUGGUCAUCCUGAUGUCUUUGAUCGAAUUUUCCACAUAACUCGUGGAGGCAUCAGCAAAGCAUCACGCGGCAUAAAUCUCAGUGAAGAUAUAUUUGCUGGUUUCAACUCAACUCUGAGGCGUGGUAAUGUCACUCACCAUGAGUACAUUCAAGUAGGUAAAGGCCGAGAUGUUGGUCUGAACCAGAUCUCCCUAUUCGAAGCCAAGGUUGCUUGUGGUAACGGGGAGCAAACACUGAGCAGGGAUCUCUAUAGAUUGGGUCAUCGGUUUGAUUUCUUCCGCAUGAUGUCGUUUUACUUCACAACAAUAGGCCUCUACAUCAGUUCAAUGAUUGUUGUCCUCACAGUAUAUGCUUUCUUGUACGGGAGACUUUACUUAUCAUUGAGCGGAGUGGAGGAGGCAAUAGUUAAGUACGCAUCGGCAAAGGGAGAAAGUUCUCUUAAAGCAGCCAUGGCUUCACAGUCCCUUGUCCAAUUAGGUUUUCUCAUGACACUUCCAAUGGUAAUGGAGAUUGGACUAGAGAGGGGAUUCAGGACGGCCAUCGGUGAGAUAAUAAUCAUGCAGCUUCAGUUAGCACCCGUUUUCUUCACCUUCUCCCUUGGAACAAAGGUUCAUUACUAUGGACGGACGAUCCUACACGGUGGCGCCAAGUACAGAGCAACUGGGCGUGGCUUCGUGGUCAAGCACGAGAAGUUUGCAGAAAACUACAGGAUGUAUUCAAGAAGCCACUUUGUGAAAGGGCUGGAGCUUAUGAUGUUGCUGAUAUGUUACAGACUCUACGGGCAAGCGGCAGUGGACUCUGUAGCUUAUGUGCUAGUGAUGGGAUCGACCUGGUUUUUGGUAGCUUCUUGGUUGUUCUCUCCUUUCCUCUUCAACCCUUCGGGAUUUGAGUGGCAAAAGAUUGUGGACGAUUGGGAUGACUGGUCGAAGUGGAUCAACAGCAGAGGUGGGAUUGGAGUCCCUGCGAACAAGAGCUGGGAAUCCUGGUGGGACGAAGAACAAGAACAUCUUAAACACUCGGGAUUCUUUGGCAAGUUCUGGGAUCUCAUCCUCUCAUUCCGCUUCUUUAUCUACCAAUACGGGAUCGUCUACCAUCUCAAUCUGACCAGAGAAAGCCGAAUGGGUAAACAGCAGAGUAUCAUUGUUUAUGGUCUAUCAUGGCUUGUCAUAGUCGCUGUCAUGAUAAUCCUAAAGAUAGUGUCAAUGGGGAGGAAGAAGUUCAGUGCAGAUUUCCAGCUGAUGUUCAGGCUCCUGAAGCUAUUCCUGUUCAUAGGGUUUGUGGUAAUCCUGGGAAUGCUCUUCCAUUUCCUAAAGCUCACUGUGGGAGACAUUUUCCAGAGCCUUCUCGCUUUCCUACCGACUGGAUGGGCGCUUCUCCAGAUAUCACAAGUACUAAGGCCGAUGAUGAAGGGAGUGGGGAUGUGGGGGUCGGUGAAGGCACUGGCGAGAGGGUACGAGUACAUAAUGGGAGUGACGGUAUUCAUGCCAGUUGCAGUGCUCGCUUGGUUCCCCUUCGUCUCCGAGUUCCAGACCAGGCUUCUCUUCAAUCAAGCCUUCAGCAGAGGCCUUCAGAUCCAGCGUAUCCUCGCCGGUGGAAAGAAGCAGAAAUGAGACUUUGCACUCUCCUCAUCUUCCAUACCAUAACAAUGUUACCAAGAAACCAAUUUACUUGCUAAAAUGUGAUAGCAUCAAUGUUUGUAUCUAAGCUAAUCAGUCUCUGGACUAAUUUCUACGUUAACUACAUUGUUACCCCAAUUUCUUCAUUACCAA